GUAUUUUGAAUUUACAAUCUUAUUUUAUUUUUAUAGAACCUAGUAUUGAGGCGUUACUCACACUGCGAAUACGAAGAACGGUAGUACAGUAAUCUUCCUUCCGGUUGUAAAGUGAAUUUCAACAAGAUGAAAGCUAAAGGAGACCUGAAAGAGUUUGAGGUGAUUGGGAGGAAGCUCCCCACGGUGAAGGAGAAAGUGACACCACUCUACAAAAUGAGGAUAUUCGCUCCAGACGCCAUUGUGGCCAAAUCUCGCUUCUGGUAUUUCCUUAGGCAGUUAAAAAAGUUCAAGAAGACAACUGGUGAGAUUGUAUCACUCAGGCAGAUUGCGGAGAAGUCUCCCACCAAGAUCAAGAACUUUGGCAUCUGGCUGCGCUACGACUCGCGCUCGGGCACCCACAACAUGUACCGGGAGUACCGGGACAUGUCGGUGUCGGGCGCGGUGACGGCCUGCUACCGGGACAUGGGGGCGCGGCACCGGGCACGCGCGCACUCCAUCCAGAUCAUCAAGGUGGAGCAGGUGAAGGCUUCGAGCUGCCGGCGCCCGCUGGUCAAGCAGUUCCAUGACUCGCACAUCAGGUUCCCGCUGCCCAAGCGCAUCACUGGCAGAAACCACCUGCCCAGAUUCUCCAUGAAGAAGCCUCGCACCUACUACAUGUGAGCUGCCUCUCGUUUCCUCUUCACUUGUCGUGCGUUGUUUUAAUAAACAUUUGCUGAGGAGA